UUCGCAGAUACUGAAUCCGUGCUUAGGCUUGCCGACCGGUCCGUUCAGAGUGAGCAUCGUGCAGCAAUGCUGGCUUUCAAACCCUACACUCUUUGAUCGCUCAGCCUGUUCGGUGUCGUUUGUAGCUUUCCUCCACCUGAAAUGUGCUUUGACUUCACGGUCGAUCUAACGAGCGGCAUUCCAGAGUGCCGACGAAGGGGAUCCAUAAGCAAUCCGGCCUUCUAAGUGAUCGCAAACAGUGUGCUGGCUCUGCUUGGCGAGAAGGCUGAAAGACCUUCCGAUUCGACGACGUGUGAACUGGCACUGAUCCUUUUGCUGAUGGAUUGCGGCGCGUCAAGCCGUACCGGUGCAGCUUCAACAACGAUUCGACGAAAGACAGCACGUUUCUCACCCACCACGCGAGCCAAUUCCAGCGGAUCACCCCGAGCGCGAUUUCCUCGCCGAAAAGGUGGGCAUGAUUCCAGCCCACAAUCUCUAGCGAUGGCUGUGAAGCAUGGCAAAAUCACGCACCGCAUAGGCAAAAAGAGGUUGGGAACGUCCAGCUCAGUUCGAUCCUGGAUACACUUUGACCAUCAGUCGGUCGUCCUCUGCCUCCUCAUCGCCUUUCUCUCGACGCAGCUGACAUUUGAAGUCGGCGCAGCGGCCGCUGGAUGUCCAGAUGCCGAUUUCAAGCAGUUUGGAUCAGUGUGCUACUCGUUCAGGCAGACACGAAAGAAUUAUUUCACUGCUCACGUCAGCUGCAGAGGCUACAACGAUGGAUAUCUUGCGGUGGUGUCCACGAGGGAGCAGUAUAACUUCGUGAGGGAGAUGAUCGAGAACGGGACACGGACAGGCGAGAGCUACGAAGUCUGGAUCGGCCUCACUGACAAAGACGAGGAAGGAAUAUACCGGUGGGUUGGACAGGGCUCGACAGCCGCACCGGCAAACUUCCCAGGUGAACUGUGGGCACCGGGGCAACCAGGCAGCAGAGGACAGGACCAUGAUUGUGCCACGAUGCAGUCGGAUGGUGUUCACAUAUCCACUCUGGGGUGCAGUGAAGACUCGGGCCUCUUCUACGUGUGCGAACAGCUAGCAUGUGUGGGUACCUGUGCUCAAGCUGUAAUAGGAACAGGCUCUGGUACGUCGGGUGGUGUCAUAGCGGCCAUUGUCAUCGUCGUCCUCCUUGUGAUCAUUAUCGCGCUCGGACUGUUCUACAUAUGGAAGUUCAAAAACGACAAGUGGGAGCGGUACGUUUGCUACCUAUGCACCAUGCGUGAGUCCAACACCAAGGUUCACUCACUUCAGCAGGAGAACCAGCGCUUAAGACGUCAGCUCUCUAACCAAAGAAGUGUCAGCCAAAUCUCUCUGAGCGGCCUGAAUGAUGUAGUUCCAGGGCCGACAGAUGGUGAUGGUGGUGUCCUGCCAACGCUACGACCCAUGGCCCAGGUGGGUGCAAGCUCACCAGUUCCGGUUAGUCCAACAGGUCAGUUUUCCAGUUCUCCCCCGCCAUUGCGCCGACAGUCAACUUCUCAGGCGUCCGGGAAUGGUCCUAUGCUGACCCGUAAUUCUUCAACAUUUUCUACGGGAGGCUUAUCACGUCCUGGAAACCUGCCGAUGAGCCGGCAGACCUCCACCCUGAGCACCAACCGAGGUCGUAUCGUACCAACGGAUGCGGGAAAUCCCCAGGGUGGUCCCGCAGGGAUGGGCAUCAACAGUCCCCGGAAUGCCUUUGCCGGACCUCCGCAAUUUGCAUCAGCCGGUCCACCCCGUGUGAACAUGUCACGCAACUCCAGCACGUCCAGUGGCUUCGGAGGCACGCUGGGACUGCCGUCGCCACAGGCCAAGAAGGUCUCCGUCGUCCAGGAGGACCCGGACGCCGAGGAACAGGAGGCGGCGGAGCUGGAAGGCCGCAGGUCCAGCGUGCAAGCCUCGCCGCUUCCCGGCCGAAUAGAAGAGUAGCAAGCCGAUUAAAGUAUUGGUGACAUUUUCUAAAUCGGCAGGAGUCUACCAGUACUUGUAAUCCUUCUGAUGCUGCUGCUUCUUGUCUUUCACCCCUUCCACCCUAUAAGCUUCCAAAACGUGGGUGUGAUUGCAUUGUUGGAUGGUUUUCUGCGGGCCGUUUACAGUUAGCAGUAUGUGCCGUGCUGAAGCAGUUCCAUCAUGACCUUCUCUCUCCUUUACUUCUUCUUCUUUCUAUAAGUUCUUGUUUGUCAAGCUCAAAAUUGAUAUUUUACUACCAACGAUGGGUGUUUUUCCACCCUAAAUUCAGAAGUGCCAUGAUGCAUGUACAAUUUUUUUCAGAAAAAUUAUCAUAUCCUCACCCUCCAGGAAUCAUUGUGAACGAUUAGUACUAUUAUCGGUAUGUACUUGUUUGCUAUCGACCUACUUCUAGACUUUUAAACUUAUGCCAGCCUAGGCUUUCCUUUUGUGCUCUCUGCUCUAUCUUAGCACUAAAUGCGAGUGGGUUACUUGGGAGAAAAGACAUUUUCAAUGAAAA